CAUCACUUUUAGUUUAUGCGAUGAUUUAUUAUUUAUAUGCUAUCGAAAUUUUACACGAAGUAUAGACUAAGAGUGGAUAAGUACUAAAUAUUAUACGAUUUAAGUAAAUAGGUUAUGGUCUAUGGCUAUUGGCUAAUAUAAUAUAAUAUUAUGUCUGAUUAUGCACGAUGCACCUUUACAUUAACGGGAUAUCGCGAUAACAUGUUAUUUAGCUUCAAUGAUCUAUAAAUAUUGAACGGACCGAUUGGCCAUGAAAAUCGUUCAACAAUAAUAUCCAAGAUUGCAUAAAAAGAGUUAGCGAAUACACACUUCGUACGUAGGUACAUACCUUAAAAAUAAUUAGCAAUUACAUUUUUAUCACACAAAUAAUAUUGUAUAUACAUAUAUAUCAGGUGUACAUAAUAUAUUUAUACGCGAAUCGGUUUCUGUGCUGACUAUAACUACUGAAUUUAAUCUGGCCUUGUUUUCAAUCUCAGUUUUUGCAUAAGCAUUGGUAUUAUCUUAUUUUUCCAAGCCACGCCUUCUUUUUGCGCCUUUGACCAAACUGCCUUAUUUAAACGAUAUGCAUCUUCUGCCCGAAAAUUAUUGACGGUCUACUAUACUAUAAUAUAGACGCGCGCGAUUCCAUAAAGUAGGCUAUGAGAACAAGGUGAAUAGAGUUUAAGGGUCAUUGUUAUUGAUAAGAUUCGAACAACAUAGCACAGCAGGUAGCAGUAGUGUAAAUGGAAAAAUAAAAGACAUAGCUCCGAGAGAGUCUUACGAGUGCGUUAGAUAUGUAACCAUGUGGAGUAAAUGUAUUACAAUUUAUUAUUAAAACAAUCAUCCUAUUUGUUUUUAUUAUGAACACUUAAAAGCAAUGGGUAGAGUUUCUAAGAAGUCGUUUAAAAGGUCCAGUAGACCCAGGGCCAAGUCUAUGAUCACGGAUUGUGAAAUCCAACCACUAUUAAAUACAGAACUGAGCAGAACAAGCAUAGCAGAUAAUGGAUUCAUAUUCAAAUAUGAUUCGGAAAACAGUGAUUUAGAGAAUAAUAAAGCACCUACAACUCAGUCAAAGGCCAAUGAAUUACUAUAUCCGUAUUACUUGAGGUCUUUUAGUUUGGACUAUGAUAUACUAAACAGGCCAAAAUUUUAUCGAAAAUUACAGCCUUACAUUCCAUUAGGCGAUACUAUUACCAAUGAGCCAUACACCCAAAAUAGUAUAAUUACCAUUUUCGCAAUAUGGAACACAAUAAUGGGAACAUCCCUAUUGGCAAUGCCUUGGAGCGUGGAACGUGCAGGACUAGUGAUGGGGUUAUUACUAAUGUUCAUCAUAGCUGCACUAUGCUUAUACACGUCCAAUCGCAUUCUUAGAGUGCAAGUACUUCACGGAAACGAUACCGGCGAAGUAGCACAAUUGAGCAAAAAGUUGCUGGGCCCUUGGGCCGAAGUAAUAGCGAAACUAUUCUCGUUCAUAAUUUUACUAGGUGCCAACAUAGUGUACUGGAUAUUGAUGUCGAAUUUUUUAUAUUAUUCUGUCGGAUAUGUUCACGAUUUGCUCUUUGCGGACGAAAACACGGGGUCGUUCGACUUCAACACUACUAACCUUAUAUGUCCAAGCAAUUCGGACUAUAUAAAUGCUACGUCCAACACGACCAGGCAGUGGACAUUAUACGAACGAAUUUGGGAUCUCAACACAACGGUACCGAUAUUUCUCGUCGUGAUCGUUGCCCCGCUGUUGAACUUUAGAUCGGCCACGUUUUUCACGAAGUUUAAUUCUUUGGGAACUCUGGCUGUGCUGUAUCUAUUCAUAUUUGUCCUAAUAAAAUCAUAUAGUUGGGGAAUAAAUAUGUCUGCACCAACUAUAGAAGGAUUAACAGAUUAUUCUGAAUUUUAUAAAAACACAUUUCCUGCAACGUCUGGUAUGCUUACAUUAUCGAUGUUCAUACAUAAUAUUAUCAUUACGAUAAUGAGAAAUAAUGAAAAUCAAAAACAUAAUGGCCGUGAUCUAUCAAUAGCAUUCACUCUUGUUCUCCUAACAUAUAUAUUAAUUGGAAUUACUUUCUAUGUAUGUUUUCCAUUAGCUAAAUCAUGCAUCGAGGAUAAUUUUUUGAACAAUUUUCCUAGAACAGAUGUAUUUAGCAUCAUUGCUAGAGUUUUUCUAUUCUUUCAAUUAUUGACUGUCUAUCCUUUGAUAUCAUACAUGCUACGAGUACAAGUGUUUGCAGCUCUUGAGCUAUCAAUCUACCCCAGUGUUUUACACGUUAUUGCACUUAAUUGUUUUGUAAUUUUCAUAUGCAUAUUAUUUGCAAUCUUCAUGCCACAUAUAGGAACAGUAAUACGAUUUAGUGGAGCAAUUUGUGGAUUUGUCUACAUAUAUACAUUACCAACCAUGUUACAUUUGGCAUCACAGAGAAGGCGCAAUCUUUUAACAUUUGGUUCAGUCAUUUUUCACAUUUCAAUAUCAUUAAUCGGACUAGCUAAUCUAAUUGCUCAAUUUUUCGUUUGAAAAAUAACUUUAAAUUUUGUUUAAAAAAGUUUAAAGUAAAACCUGUAAAUUAUUAUUGAAAUUAAUAUAGCCAAUUUAUUUUCAUAUUCAUUAA